UCAUUUCUCUCAUGCUUGCAUCCAAAAGGCAAGUGAGUUGCCAAAGUUGUUAAAAGUAUAUAAGAAAAGAAAAAGGACACAUUUUACGAGAUAUCUACAGAAAAGUUUUCAAAGCAGUACAAAUGAAGUAUACAUUUUGCCAGUACCGCCAAAUAUGAAAAAGAUUUUUUACAACGAAAGCGGAGCACGAUAUGAAAUACCAGCCAUACAUUGUAAGAAAAACCAUGUGGAGGAGUUAUAUCUGCAGGGCAAUGCCUUCUUUUCCUGGAAAGGGCCCAUCAGAGGAGCUGAAAAACUCCGAAUACUGAACUUGUCAAACAAUUUUUGCAGCUCAGUAUCCAAAUCAUUUUUUAAUUUCUUCAGCAAUCUCUCAGAGUUAUAUUUAAGCGAUAACUUCUUGGGCUCUAGUUUGCAACUAGAUACCAAAGGUCAAAUAUUGGAAAAUCUUACAAACUUAAUUCGCUUAGAUCUUAGAGGAAACAAAAUUUCAAAUCUACCAAAACAAGUUUUCAAAGACCUCCAAAACCUAAAAUAUUUGAAUCUUGCCGAUAAUGCACUUAGUGCAGUGGGUUUUCAUCUAUUUAACUUAAAACAAUUACAAUUCCUUGAUUUAUCUGGAAACCAAAUCCAGUUUCUUUCCGAUACAAAUAUGGAAGACAUUGACCGACAAACAGAUAAAGUCAGUUUAACUCUAAAUCUUUUCAGAAACCCAAUUGCAUGUACUUGUAAAACACUGUCAUUUCUUCAGUGGAUGGUUAAAAGUCAGGAAACUAAAAGAAUCAGUUUUGAGUCAUUUGAAAAUUAUUCCUGCACGGCUUCAUCACAGGUUGACCAAUUCGUGUUUUCAAAAAUUAAAGAAAAUAUCGACAAACUAAAAAAAGAAUGCAAUUCAUACACGUAUUUGAUCAUCACUUUGUCAUUCAUCAUUCUCCUGUUCUUUGUCAUUCUACUAUGUGGGCUACUAUACAGAUACAGAUGGAAACUUCGUUAUUUUUACUAUAUGACUAAAAGCCGUUACCAUGGAUAUAAAGCUGUAAGAAGUGAUAGCCAAUCAGAUUUUAAAUAUGAUGCCUUUGUUUCCUAUGCCGAUGACGAUUUUCCGUUUGUUCAGAAAAUGAUGUUGGAAUUAGAAGAAAACAAUGGAAUACGUUUAUGUAUUCACCAUCGAGAUUUUGUUCCAGGAUAUGAUAUAUGCGAAAAUAUUAUCACUGCCGUCAACAAAAGUAAAAAGACUAUCGCUAUAUUGUCUCCAAACUUCAUCAAAUCCAGUUGGUGUAUGUAUGAGCUACACAUUGCAAAGAUGGAAGACAUCUAUUCUCGAGAAAAUGAAGGCGUUCUCCUUUUGGUAUUUUAUGAUGUUGUUCCCGUAGAUAAAAUACCCUUGGGUAUCAUGGACCUUAUCAUUCAAAGGUCAUACAUUGAAUUUCCGAACGAUGAACACGGGGAUUCAGUUUUCUGGAGGAGAGUUUGCAAAAGCAUUCACGAUGAAUUCUAAUACUAACCACAGGGGAUGAAUAUUUCACAGCUAGCUAAAAUGAAUGUUUUUUGAAUGUUGUAUCAAACACAUUUGAGAGUAGAGGUCAAAAGUUCUUUUUUUCGGGAACUUGAUUGAUAUUUUUCUGCAAGAUGUGUUA